AUUUAGUUGGACAGUUAGAGCAUUAACAGAGAAGAGCACGUAACGAAUUGUUUUUAAUCUAAGAAAGGAUUUUAAACUUUUAAAAACAAUAGGAUAUCAAAGUACCUGAAAAUUUUGUUUAUACUUAUUUUCCGGGAGCCUUUCUUCUCGUUUUUCUUCUGUUGCUGUUCCCACUGUGUUUGUUAGAAGUUGAGCUCAACAGUUUGGCCAGGGUGAAACUGCUAAAUAAGAUGGAACAUUCGGUGAAAAAGAACCCGGUAUCUUUUCCUUCCAUCGAUAAUUUGAAAAAGUUAAACGAAAAACACAAAGUAGGUUGCAAUGAAGAUGAAUUGGAAGAAUAUCAAAGUAUUAUGAAGAAUACAGUGGCGGCAUAUAAUUUCAUUGAUGAUCAAGAAGUACCUUCGUACGUAUCCAAAUAUGGAGGUAAUCGAGAGUAUGUGCGACCCGAAGGUGAUGAAAACAAAUACAAUGCUUGGUAUGUGAAGUGUAAUAUAGAGGGUGCUAGCAGUGGAAAACUCGCUGGGAAAAGAAUAGCUAUAAAAGAUAACAUAGCUGUAGCUAACAUUCCCAUGAUGAAUGGUUCUAAAGUUGUGGAGGGCUAUAUACCUGAGUAUGAUGCUACUAUCGUGCAAAGGAUUCUGGAAGCAGGUGGAACUAUCUGUGGAAAGACAACUUGCGAAGAUCUUUGUGCUAGUGGAGGUAGCAUCUUUACUGCGUAUGGACCAGUUAGAAAUCCACACAAUACUAAGUGCUCUUCUGGUGGUUCGAGCUCUGGUAGUGCAGUCGUAGUAGCUGUUGGGGAGUGUGAUAUGGCAAUUGGUGGUGAUCAAGGAGGUUCCAUUCGUAUCCCAUCCAGUAACUGUGGUAUCGUUGGUAUGAAACCUACACAUGGUCUGGUACCUUACACUGGAGCAGUGCCUGUCAUUCCCUGCGUUGACCAUUUAGGACCGAUGGCAAAGAACGUAGCAGAUUGUGCUCUUUUACUGGAAGUUAUAGCCGGUUACGAUAAUGGAUUCGACUAUCGUCAACGACCAUUUCAAGUUCCUGAAUAUUCAAAAUUGAUCUUCCCACAUGUAAAACCAUCAAGAAAGCUUAACAUUGGUGUUCUUCAAGAAGGAAUUGAUUUGUGUGCUGAAAAUGUAAAGGAUGUUUUUAAUGCAUCUUUAAAGCAUUUAAAAGAUUCAGAACAUCUUUGUCUUAAAAACACAAGCCUCCCAAAGCAUGCAGAAAAUGAUAAUAUUACAUCUGUAAUUUUUGGCAGUGGUACAUUUGAAUCAAUGAUAAAUGGCUGCGGAUUUGGCGUGUCAGGCAUGCAAUCUCACACCUUGGCUAAAAAAAUGUUUGAUGGCUACAGGCAACAUUUCAAAGACACAGCUGAAACUGUCAAAUUACAAGCGUUAAUGAGUUACUACAUCCAUGAAAACUAUGGAUCCUACCAUUAUGCAAAGGCAUCAACCUUAGCACAAUAUUUGAAAUUUGAAUAUGACAAGCUCUUAAACCAAUAUGACGUCAUAAUUAUGCCGACACUGAAAGAAACAGCAAGUGAAAUUCCACCUCAACAUGCCUCUGUUACAGAGAAGAUAACUAGUGUGUUUUAUGUGAAUAAAAACACAGCAAUAUUCAACAUAACAGGACAUCCGGCGUUGUCAUUGAAUUGUGGAUUCGAUAAGGAUUUGCCAGUGGGGUUGAUGAUUGUUGGAAAGCAUUAUGAUGAAUUGGGUGUAUUAAAUGCGGCUAGUAUAUUUGAAGAUGUCUUCGCAAAGUGGUUGGACAAAAAGAAUGUUUGUACUUGAUUUGACAAUUGUCUGACCAAUAUGGCUUAAUAUAUUUGACGAUUCUCUGAAUAUACCACUUAGUUUAUAUUAUAUAUUCUAAAAUAUAUAUAUUAUAUGUUCUAAAACAAACCAAUUUUAUGAUAUCGGCUACAAACUUAGAUUUAAAGGGGAGCAUCCUUUGCUAUCCUUUUAAGUUUUCAUUUAGUUUUAUAUAAACGCUAUUAAACAUGCCAACAUUAUUUAUUUUUUUGUUAUCUUCACAAGUCUAAUUUUUACUCAGUUGCACCUGGGGUUUUGGCUAUUGUUAGCUACUUCUGGCUAGAAGUUAAAAGUAGUCAAAUACAGUUGGCUACAACACAAUUCUCAAGCGAUAAUUCUUAUACAAAAGGCAGUUCUGUAACAAUAGGCUAAAGGCUAUGUUUUUAUUUAAACUGGCAUUUACAUUUUCUAUUUUCACGAAAACUAAGAAAAGAUGCUUAGUGGUUGUUUUGGCUGGGAGGGGUAACAAUAGGCUGUUUCCUGUGUUUUUAUUUAAACCGAAGAUGCAAUAAAGUUUUUUUUAUCUAUACGCAUGUGCAACAUGGUUUACCUGGACUAAGCGCUCCACCCAGUGUCCCAAUUAAGUGUCAUUUAUUCUGUUUUUGCUUUGACAGGGUAACAAUAUGUUGUAAUCUCUGUUUUUAUCUGAGCUAUAGUUGCGGAAAAAGUUAUAUUUAAAAAAUAUAAUACAACGGAAAUGUUGUAUCCCUAUGAA